CACCGGGAUUUUCUCUCUCUCUCUUCAUUGCAACAAAGUUGCGGAGCGAGUGAUAUUGUUGCAACCCCCCGCCCCCCGUGGCUGCUGGCGGUUCGGAUCGGGGGCCGGAGCCGGUCGCUGCCCCGGGGGAGGGGGCGCAGAGCCGCCGCCGCUGGAUUAUCCCGAGCCGGGUCGAGCUCCCCUGGAUCUCCGUCUUCUGCUGUUGCCGCCGCCGGUGUGAAUCCGAGGGGCUGAGAUUUUUUUUUUAACCCUAUUUUUUUGGAGGGGGGAUUUUGUCAAGGUCAUUCCGUGGAUUUAAUUUUUUUAUCUCCCCCCUCUCUCCUCCCACCACCACUACCCAGCCUUGCUCUGUGGAUUAUAAUCUCUCUGGAUCGGAGGGUCUGAACAGGAGGAUUUGUAGGGCUUCGGGGGUUGGGAAGGGGAAGUGGUGAGUGAGGAAGGGGGGGUGAUUUUUUUUUUUAUCUCCCCCUUCCCUUUUUCUUUUUCUGUUUUGGAAAUGGAUGGGAAGAUAAGGCAGAGCCGGAGAUCAAGGUCCCAAAGGGACCGCGUGAGGAGAAGGGAAGCUAAUGCCAGGGAUCCCCGAAAUCAAAGUCCUUCUUCGGCAUCCGAAAAGGAGCAAAGCCCCGGCAAGGAAAAUACAAGCCAAAACUGUACAAAUCCCCCAAACCAGGCGUCCACCGCCAGAAAUGUCAGACCUCCGAGGCGCAGGAGACGGGAAUCGAGCUCCCAAGAAGAGGAUUUAAUUGAUGGGUUUGCUAUAGGCAGCUUCAAUACCUUAGAAGCCUUGGAGAAGGACAUGUCAUUAAAGCCUCAGGAGCGAAAGGAAAAAUGGGAGAGGCAUCCAGGAAAGAAACCACGAGAAUCCGAAAACUACGUGUCCGCUGAGCCCAGUGAAAAUGGCCAUAAUGAUGCCGGGAGCUCUGAGAGAGAGACUGAACGAGGCAAAGAAAGGGUGAAGAAGAAACACCCCUUGAAGAUAUCCAAGCAGAUGAAGGUCCCUGCAAGCAGAAGUGGCAGAAAUAGCGAAGAAGACAGCAUCAGGGAGGCCACAAGCUCUCAGCGGAGCAGCUCGAGGGACCGUCUCAGUGAUAGUUCUGCUCAAUCGCUUUCAGGAAGAGGCUAUUCCUGUGACAGCGAGAGUGAUAUUGACGAUAAGACCUCAACGGAACUGGAGCUGCCUCGUAUCAGGAGUGGCUUGAUAACAAGCAAGGCUUCUUUAGGCUCCGAGAAGCUGUUUUCCCCUGCAGCAAAUAAAGGUCCAACCUUGAAUGAUAAACCUGAAGCUAAAGCAGCAACCAUCCCAAAGGUGUCAGGGCUAGAGCGCAGCCGGGAACUGAGCACCGACGUGCCCUUCGUGCUGCCUAUUCCCAGCCCCCAGCCAGUUGCUGCUGUUGUGACUUCCACUUCUUCUGCGCCCACGUCGAGCGCCAGGGCAAGCCCGCUGUUGAAGAAGGAGCCAGUGAUCUCUGCACCAGCACCGCCAAGGCUCACACCCCAGCCACAGCCUCGACCACAGUCACAACCUCAGCCUCGACCACAGUCUCAGCCUCAGCUCAUACCUGAGCUUCGGACCCAGCCUCAGAGUCACAUCCCUCCCCCUCUCAGCUACCAAGUGCAUCACCAGGUGGCCCAGAACGGACUCAAUAUCAGCAGGAGCAGCAGCGCCAGCAGUGCAACAAGCAUCAGCCUCCCCAAACACCUUCCCCUUUCCCCCCAGAUCCCUCCUCACCACUCUUCCGGCCCAGCCCUGCCCCUCUCCAUCUCUAAUCUUGCUACCUCGCACUUCCCUCUCAGAUCGCAGACCCAACACCAGCACCAUCCGGCCAUGUUCGCCACCCCACCCACGCUACCACCACCACCAGCGUUACCCACCAACAGCCUUGUGAUACCAGGACACCCUGCAGAUACCAGCCUGUUGAUAUCAUUCAACCAACCAAUCAUGUAUUGCCAGCCUCAUUCGGGGAUUCUGAUUGGUACUUUGUCACAGGCAUCUCUCUUACCUCCACCAAUGAGUCCUCACGUAGAAAACCACCACAGCAUGACCUGCAGAAACAGGGAAUGCCAGUUUGACAAGUACGCUCCCAAAUUAGACAACCCUUACUUUCGACAUUCCAACUUCUUUCCAACCUAUCCUCCAGCAAUGCCUGGAAUGCCACCAAUGCUUCCACAUUCAGGACCUUUUGGGUCACUUCAGGGAGCAUUUCAACCGAAGACUUCAAAUCCAAUUGAUGUAGCAGGUAGACCUGGCACAGUCCACCACACUCUUCUGCAGAAGACUCCGGGGGUGUCGGACCCCUAUAGACCGCCAGUAAGAAAGCCUGGGAAGUGGUGUGCAGUUCACGUACAGAUUGCCUGGCAGAUCUACCAUCACCAGCAGAAGAUAAAGUACCUCCUGUGGAAUAUGGAGUAUUAUCCUAUUCAGAAUGAAAUGACCGAUACGGUGAAGGACAUUUUACAAAACAUAGAGCAGCAGAUGCAGCUGGAUCCCCACAAGCUAGACAUAGGCGGUAAACUUGACCUGUUCAGCAGACCUCCUGCCCCUGGAAUUUUUCCAGGAUUCCAUUACCCACAAGACCUUGCCAGGCCUCUGUUUUCCACGACAGGUGCUGCACAUCCAGCCACCACCCCUUUUGGACCCUCGCCUCAUCACAGCAGCUUCCUGCCUACUAGCCAUUUGGCAGGUAAGUAUCCAUUUAGCAGGUCAAGCACCUUCAGCGGCCUUGGGAACUUAGGCAGCAAUGCCUUUGGAGGAUUAGGCAGUCAUGCUCUGACUCACAACAGCAUAUUUGCUCACAAAGACGGUCCAAACCUACAGAGCUUUAAUAAUCCCCACGAGCCAUGGAAUAGACUCCAUCGAACCCCACCUUCCUUCCCGACACCUCCACAGUGGCCUAAACCAGGGGAUUCCGAACGAAGCUCCUCAGUAACCAACCACGACAGAGACCGGGAGCGGGAGUCAGAGAAGAGGGAUCUUUCACUGAAUAAAGACAACAGAGAGAAAGAGAGGGAUCUCAUGGAUAAAAACAGACAUUCAAAUAGAUCCUCACCGGCAUCAGCUCCUGUGACCCAUCAGAUCAGCAACCUCAUCCGCAGCAACAGUCAGACCUCCAGCGAUCCCAUCAGGCAGGUUAGCAUUGGUGAAAGGGAAAGGUCCAAAGAACCAGAGAGAGAGCACCCUGACCGACUGAGAGAGCCACCCAUAACAGAACACAAGAUAAAAGAGAGCCGUUCCCCCGUGAAGGAAACUCCAAGCCAUGAUAAGAGACCCUCUGAGGACAACACGAAGCCAGUAAUUCAGUCUGUAUCUCCCUACAGCAAACCUGCACUAAGCGAGAGCUUGAAACUUAGCAAUUUAAUGAACAAAGAUAUAGAGAGAAAGCCAGAGCUUCCAAGUGACCUCCAGAAGAUUAAAAAUGACAUCAAGGUCAAAGAGGAGCGCAAGGAGGACAGUGAUGUGCUGGUGGUGGGAUCUGAACCUUCACAGCAUUCCAGAACAGUGGAACAUCCGCCACCACCUUCUUUGCAUGGAUUACCAUUGCCCCAUUCUAUGGCCGCCACAAUGCCUCUCUCCAUGAGUAGCGUUCACCAGAUGAACAACAUGAAUGUUCUAGACCGCAGCAGAAUGAUGACCCCUCUCAUGGGCAUGAAUCCUUUGUCAGGAAGAGAGAGACUGCCACAUCCUGGAUUUUCUUGGGACCCAGUGAGGGACCCACUGCGAGAUGCCUACCGGAGCUUAGACUUGCAUCGUCGAAUGGACUUCCAGCUCCGGACAGAUCCCAUCCACAGGUUCCCUACCACCUCUGGAUUUUAUGACCAUGAGCGUUCUUACAGAGACAGAGAACCGCACGACUAUAACCAUGAAAACCUUCUUGAAGCCCGCCGAGAGCAGGAGCGGUUGCGGCAAGUGGAGGAGAGGGAGCGCUUGCACUUACGGGAAGAACUUGAACGUGCCAGAAUGCACCACCUGCACUCGUCCCCUAUCGAAAGUCAUCUGGCACACAUGCCAUCGUUCAUGCCUCACUUAAGCGGGAUGCAUUACCCCAGACUCAGUCCAUCCACUGCCAUGCACAAUGGAAUUUUAAAUAGGAACCCACCAACCGCAGCGUUGAGUGCCCCGCCCCCUUUGGUACCAGCAAGCAGUACUAGACCUGCCUCCCCACGCAGGACUACCCCACUCACAAACUCAGAGUCCAGGGACUAUUCCCCCUCUAGGAACCCCAAAGAAGUAGAGGCACGAUAGUCCCCAACAGGGUGAAUUUUAAACUUGGCUGUAUAUAGAACAACAAAAAUCUUUUACAAAAUGCACUGCUGUAACCUUUUUUUUUUUUUUUUUAAUGUAAAAUUUAUAGAAGUUAAGCACAGUUCCAUAAAUAAUGGGGUAUGGGGUUUCAAACUUUCCAACAAGAAGGUUGCUAAGAAUGGGAAUUUAAUAUAUAUAGGUAUUGAUUUUUUUUUUGUUUCUGUGCUAAAAUUAGUUAUUAAAAAUAUCAAGUUUGUACAUUUUUUCCCAAAUGUGAGAAACAUUUUUAAUGGAUUUGUAUUUUUUUUAAUUCUGUGCUCUUUAUUCACUUAAAAAAAGAGAAAUUUUGCUUUUAGUUAAAUUUGCAUUUAAAAUGCCUCAGAUCCUUAAGAAAAUUACCCAGGGUUUCUUAAAGUAUUAUUUAUGGAAAUACUGUAGUUUCUUACAGUCCACUGUGAGGUUCCCUAACUGAGGCCAAUCGAUCACUUAUCUUGGUACUUUGGAACCGAAGUUACAGAUAUAUAUUAAAAUAUUAUUAUUAAUAAUAAUAAUGUACAAAACUGUUUGUUUUUUGCCUUAUAAUAUUAUGCAGAAAUUUAAGAGGAAUUUUUUUUGACUUCUUGUUUUAAACAAAACAAACAAAGAAAACAAACUGUAAAUAUUCUGUUAAUAUAAAUGUACACCAAUAUUAAAUUCUUAACAUAGGUAGACUUUAUAAAAAAAAGGUUUCUAGAACCACUCUGGUUAUUUGUUAACAUGGUUACAACUCAUUCUUGUCACAGUCAGAAAUACACACUCAGAAAGCUAAGUGCAGCAUAUAUACUUCAACUAUGCAAGAACUUGGAGGCAGGUCUUAGUGGAUGUUGGGGGGAGGAAGAUUUAAAAAAAAAAAAAAAAAACACCCGAAAAAACAAAACAACUUGCAACUCUGGAGACAGAAUGGAAAUGGCAUGUGAACAGAAAGAAGGAUGCUUGUGUUUAACAAAAAAAAAAAAAAGACUGCAUUUUUUUUGUACAAACACAAGGGACAGUUCACCAAGGAAGAGACGCUCCUGGGAGGAGAUUUUGGUUUCCUACUUUUCAAGAUGGCAAAAACAGAUGGAACUGGCACAGUACCCAUGCGGCAGACCCUUUAAUUUUUUUUUCUUUUUUCCUCUUUUUUUUUUUUUUUUCUCUCUUUUUUUUUUUUUUUGUGUUGUGGGCAGGCUCGCUGGCAAGCAAGGACAAUUUUCCGUGGACCCCUUGUGCUAAUUGUGCAGUGUUCUUAUUGGAAUCUGUAUACAAGACAAAGUAGAAUUUUAGGAGUGCAAAAAAGUCUAAUGGUUGA